CCUUCGGAUUCAGUGGCGUCUGCGUUCACCACCGACUUCCUCCUGAGACAAAAGAAAAAAAGCUGAGUUCGCUCGCCUUCAACGUUCACACCUCUUCUUCUUUAAAGACGCUUCAUUUAAAGGAAAAGCUGAGAAGAAUGAGGAGAUAGGAGGACAGGAGUACAUUAGGAAAAUACCAAGCAAAAGUGAUAGAUGGAGGGGGAGUGAGCGGGCAAGAGGCAACGUGUUGAGUGGUAGAAAAAAGAAAAAAAGGAGAAGAUUGAAAAAAAAGGAGGAAGUGAGGGAGACAGAAUGAGAGAGGCUACGAUAAGGGGCUAAAAAUAUGUACACAAAGUUUACAAGGUGUAUAGUCAAGAGUGUGUGUGUGUGUGUGUGUGUGUGUGUGUGUGUGUGGUUAGAGAGAGAGUGACAUUUUUAUAAUUAGUGAACAUGUCUCUGAAAUUGCCUCGCAACUGGGACCUGACCACUCUCCGGGGUGAAGCUAAAAUAGCGAGGUCUAAAAGUGUGAUACCAGGAGACGGAGGUGCUGGCCAGGGCCGCUCUGACAUCAAGAGGUCGAUGGAGAAACCUCUGAAGAAGGGGUGGCUGAAGAAGCAGAGGUCCAUUGUGAAGAACUGGAAACCGUGCUACUUUGUGCUCAGAGGGAACGUUCUGACCUAUCACAAAGACGAUAAAGAGAGUGCUGUACAGGGCACGAUACCGCUGUGGGCCUGUCAAGUGAACGAGCUGCCGUUAAACACAGACGACAAAUUCAUCUUCGAAAUCAUCCCACGGAAUAAUGGGGAUCGGGAGCGUGAUGGUUGUGUUCUCAUGGCAAGCAGUCAGAGUGAGAUGGAGGACUGGGUACGGAUGAUCCGCCGCGCCAUCGGAGCACAGAGCAAUGGAGUGUUUGGGAAGAGUCUGGCGGACAUCUUGGUUUAUGAGAAGAAGUUUGGGGCUCGUUCGGUGCCCAUGCUGAUUGAGAAGUGUGCAGACUUCAUCAGGGAGCAUGGCCUGGAUGAGGAAGGAAUAUUUCGCCUACCCGGGCAGGAGAACCAAGUCAAACACUUCAGAGAGGCUUUCGAUGCAGGAGAAAGACCAUCGUUUCCUCCAGACACAGAUGUCCACACGGUGGCGUCAUUGCUCAAGCUGUACCUGCGUGAGCUGCCUGAACCCGUAGUGCCCUGGACUCAGUAUCAGGACUUUCUGGACAGCAGUGUGGCGCUGGACCCCACGACCGCAGCGAGGAAGGAGAAACUGGAGAAACAGAUCAGCCUGCUUCCUAAAGCUAACUACAACCUCCUGUCUUACACAUGCAGGUUCUUGUUUGAGGUGCAACAGCACUCCAAGGUGAAUAAGAUGAGCGUGGAGAACCUGGCAACAGUGAUGGGGGUGAACCUGUUCAAACCGCAGGUGGAGGAUGCUUUCAGCAUGAUGAAGGGGACCCCAAUGAUCCAGAAGGUGAUGACGGUAAUGAUCAGGCACCAUGAGCUGCUCUUUCCUGCUGCUAAAGACGCCGCUCCGUCUCCUGCUCCGGCCAAGAAGCUGAAGAGCAAAAAAACAACAAAUCCACGCAACUUCGUGGGCUGGGAGUCUGCAGAGCAGUGUGAGAUGUCUUCGUUGUCUGAGUCGCCAGAAGAAGAGGAAGUAGACACGUUUGAGACUGAGAGGUCAGCAUUAAAGGUCACUUCAUCCUCCUCGUCCUUCACAUCCCCUCCUCUGUCAGAUGACCUGAGCACGAGCCCGAGGAAACGUACGCAGACUCUCCCUAGCCUGGGUGGUCCCCCGAGUUUCAGAAUAUCCCGAGAUGCAUCGUUGGACCGUUGGAGCUAUCUGCACGAGAGUCUGGAGGAGAAGGAUGAAAAGACGUUUUCUGAGGACAUCUUUAAGAUUCUAGAUCUUCAAAAGGUGACACUGUUUCCGGAAAAACAGAACAGCAAUGGUAAAGAUGAAGAGAAAGACGGCACACAGGAGAGGAGGAGCAGCAAUGGUGCGGUUAAAUUCGCGGAACCCCCACUAAAGAAAGUGGAACCACAGGCCAAGCCGAAGGAGAACUUAAAGCAAAGUUCCCCGUCUCCGAGCAGGGAGGAGAUCGUGAAGCAACAGCCACAAAUCGUUUCUCAGAAACAACCAGACAGCACGAGCGAUCAACAGCAACUUAUUACCAGUCUCCAGCAGAGGAACAACGAGCUGAAUGUGACCGUCGCUGAGCUCCAGUCAGCCCUGGAGGCAGAGCGUCGCUGUAAAGCAGCUCUGGAGAUUUUGCUACGCAACGCCGAGCGCAGCAGGGAUGAAGCUCUGAGACGCAAUAAGCUGCUGGACCAAGAGAUCCAGAAGUUCAUCGGAAAACCCAAGCCAAUGUGAACAUACACUCAGACAGACGACCAGGCCUGGGAUUCCUCCAUGUCGGAUACAUUCGAUACGGAAUUUCUAAUGGAGUUUACUAAAUAUCUGGGCUAUUUAUUUCCAUUUUAUACGCUUUAUAUUUAAACGUAGAUUAUGGACAACAAUAUAUGAAACAAUAGUAUUUUUUUCAUUAGUGUUAUAUAAAUAUCAGAUCCUCACAGAGAUGCAACAUUCGAUCUUGAAUUGCUCAGUGGAUUAAUGAUCGGCUGGUACCGAUAAAUUUCCAUUAAUCAACGUUCACGAUGUUUUCACAUUUUCAGCCAUUUUCUGGACUGUUUGGUUUGUAGAAAUUUCCGUUUUUUUUCCACUAGGCAACGGCACAACAAGUUGAACAAUAAUAAUUAACGUUGUAAUGAGACUGCUGGUGGUGAGAAACAAUAUUACUGGACUUUUUGAGCUUUUUUUAUAUUUUAUUUUAAACCAAAAUGCAUCGAGAACAAGUUCUCUAAAGUGUUUGUUUAUUUUUGAGAGAUUAAAAUAGAGGAUUGUUUGUGCAAAAAAGAAUAAAUGUCUAAUAAAAUGUA